AUGACAGCUGCACGGGAGACCAUCUCCUCCCCGGGCAGCGGACUAGGAAUCGGAUUCGGAUUCGGAUCCGGGGAAAAACUAAGGCUGGAGCCCCAGUUACAGCCACAUCGGGUGGCCAAGAAUCUGCACGCCCUGCUGGAUCUGCCCGCGGCGAUGGAACUGCGCCAAAUUGAGUUGAUCUAUCGGGCGGAGGGUAAUGCAAAUUUGGUGCUCGCCUUGCCGCAAUUUAAAAAAGUUUUACGUUUGCCAAAAAUGAUAUCCAGCAGACGGCGGCCGGAGGAGCGGAAUGAGCGGAAUGAGCGGAGUGAGCGGGAUGAGCCGCAGGAGGGUGAGGUUGCCCAGCCGGAAGGGCAAGGCGAAUCAUCCGCCGAGGAAGGGGCGGAAAAAGUUCCUCGUGAUGCUGCUUCUGCUGGACCAUCGCCUCCAUCUCCAUCUCAAUCUCUAGCUGGCGACUUGACAAUGCCGGAUUUUAUGGCUUAUAUCGGGAUAAUGCGCCGUCUAUUAGGAAAUGAGUUUGUCUGCGGAGCGGAUAUUGUUGCCAUACCAAAGGAAGACGAUAGAUUCUGGAUAAACGAGCACAUACGCGCCCAAAGACCGGUUUCGCGUCUGGAUAAGGAAUUUGUGGGGCCAUUCGGCCUGCUGCUGCCAGAUGUGACCCAAUUGCCUGCCACGUUCGAUGUUUUACUUGCCAAUUUACAGGCAAAGGGCACAACAGGAGAUGAAACUGGAGGAGCAGGAGCAACAAGGACACCCCUUCGUCGUCUGGGCGAUACAUAUGCCAUCGAAAUAAAACCCAAACAAGGCUGGCUCCAGUUGGCAAGUGAUGUCAACGAUUUAUUUGAUUUAAUGCCGCCAGGAGCAGAGACAAAGCCCAAGGAUCAGGGGGAGCAGAAGGAGCAGGAGCAGAAGGACAAGUGCUGGUGUCGCUUUUGCAGCAUGCAACUGCUGAAGCUGCACAAUGGGAAAAUCAAACGUUUGGGCCACUACUGUCCGCUGGAUCUAUUCUCCGGUGCACCCAGUCGUAUGCUCGAUGCCUUGGAUGCACUUCUCGCCUGCCCGCAAAAUAAUUUACGUGUAUUUCAGAACGGCAAUUUAAUUUAUGGCGAUCACGCGAACUCGAUUUCCUUCGAUGAAUUGCACUCGCGUGUCUUUCCCGGUGAAAUUAUGGUGCUUAUAAAACAUUUGCUGGUGGCCUGCCUGCUCAGGGAAUACAAGCAACCAGAGUCCAACCGGCCAGAGAGUCCCAAUCAGAAGCAGAACCAGAAUCAGACUCUAGACCAGGAGCAGCUGAAUCAGAGUCGCGUUUCAAUUGCGGCGACGGAGACAAAAGCCGGAGCUGCUGGAAUUGGCGCCGCUAAUGUUGUCCUGCCGUUUGGAGGCGUGGCAGCCGCCUCCUCCUCCUCUGUUGUCACUGCCGGUCAAUCCUCGACGAGGACAAGAGCAGCUGCUGCAACAGCCACGACCCAAAGGUACACAAAAGUGGACAGAAUGGAAACAGCAACAACAUCGGGAAGCCAACUGACCGGCAAUGUGUUGGCAACGGCAACGGUAAAGGCAACGGCAACUGAAACUGCAACUCGAACGGAAACAAAAACGGAACCGGAAACACAGAGUCGCAAUGAGAAUCAGGACGAAAGCCGAAAUCGGAAUAGGAAUCAGAAUCAGAAUGAGCCUGCGAAUCAAACCCAAACUCAAACUCAAGCACAAAUCAACAAAGCGGAAAUAUUUCGCUUACCAAGAAAUUGUGUGCUGCAAAAAAUUUUGAAUUUGCAAUUGCUGGUAAAGCGCCACUUCGACUUCAUGUGGCAUUCCGGCUACUCGGACCACUCGGAGCCCACUUACAACGCGCUGCGGGGUCUGCUGGCCGAGGAAAGAAAGGGCGCGGCAUUCGAGCCGGAUGAGGAGCAGGCUUACAUGCUGGGAGCCACCGCACUGGACUGCUCGAUUAUGUUGACGUUUCAGGAAAUCGAAAUCGAAUGCGAAUCCGAUUGCCCGGCUGGCCAGAGCGAUUUCGAGGCACUGCAGCCUUGGUCCGUCGCCCUGCUGGGUCAUCACUUUCUAACCAAGCUCUGUGUCCUCGAUCUGGAUCCCAAGCCCGACAGUCACUUUCAUAAAUUCAUGGCGCAGACACGUGAAAUUGAAAAGUGCCGUCGUGCAUUAAAUUAAUUAAUAAACUUUGUGCCCCAACUAAAAGCCGCACGCAUCGACUGGCGAGCUCACAAAACUGUGGUACACUUUUGCUCCUCAAUAUAAAUCCAGUUGCUCUUUUUUGCGCUGCAAGCUUUUCGAGUUCUUUUCAUACCCGUUUGCUAAAAAGGACAAGGGUAUAUUGAAUUCGUGCGAGUUCUGGUGACUGGAAGGCUAUCAAGUGCUUAAAGUGUCAGACAUUCGGGCUAAGACUCUGCCAUGUUCCCGGUUUAAGUCCACUUAAUUGGGCGGAAGCGAAGCUAAUCCGAGGUCUAACUGAUGUCUGCACAGAUUUUCAUUUAAUAACUGCGGAAACUAGAUUUCGGGCAAUGUUCAAGAAACCAUAAAAUUUAUUUAAAGGCUUAAACUAUAUGCUGAAUGAAAAUUGAAUUUUUUAUUAAAAACUUACUCAUUAUAUAAAUACGUAUUCCAUAUUGUAUAUCUAAUAGUAACCCAUUGAAUUUUGAUAUUAAAUUAAUAUUUUC